AUGGCAACGUCCCCGUCUCCCCUCGAACUCACAGUAGCUUCGGCUCUGCUUCUCCUCUCAGCCACACCUCCCUCUCCCUCUCUGAUCUCUGCUCCGCAGUUGGGUUCUAAGGACCAGUCCCUCAAGGAUGGAAGGGAAAGAAAGAAUUGCAGAGAGAGCUUGGUGCUGAGCGAUCCCAACGCAGUGCCGCUCAAGGAAGUGUCACGCUCUGUUUCUACGUCAUGCACUUCAUCGCUCGCCAGCGAGGGAUCUUCUGAGGAUAUUCGAGCUCGUCGGCUGAGCAUCAUGGCCAUUCUGGCUCGCCGCCACGAAAUGAAGCUCAAGGUUGAUCUGAUUUCUCCUCCUGUGGCUGUGAGUACUUUGCUUUCUAAGUGUCCUUCCUCUAGUUUACCUCUGUUUAAUCUGUUUGGAUUCAUCGUCACUGCGUAUUGGUUGAAUAUGCUGAAGGAUAUGCUUGAAUCUGAUUUUUUCAACUACCGCGUCAUACGGAAGAGCCGGUCGAAGAUUCUCUAUAGCUCCGGUGGGCGGGACACCAGCUCCAGCAAGGCGGCGAUAAUAACCUCGGGAUCCGAGUCCACUGACGCAUCGUGCUUGUCGAGCAGUUCGACCGCAGGCUCAAGCGCACGAAGCCGAAGAAGCCGCUACAUUAGCAGAGGUGAGAAAAGGCUUGCUAUGGUCCACGAGGAGAUCAGGAGGAAACAUGUCAGCUCGGCUCAUAUGCGCCGCCGAGCCGACGCCAUUUUGAAAAUGCUCUCUGGCGGUUGUUCCUCUGAACUGAAGAUACGUCAAUUUCUCGGUGACAGCCCUGACACAAGCAAGGCUCUUAGAAUGUUGUUGAAGUUGGAUGAGGUGCAAAGGUCCGGCACAGGAGGACGUCAGGACCCCUAUAUUUACAAGAUAGCAUCAAAAAAUAGAGAUUAG